AUGUUCAUUUUUGUGUAAAACAUAUUGCGUCGUACGCUCAAUUAAACAACAUAAAAAAUUCGGAAAUUUGCUGCGCAAAAAAAGUGUUGGAAAAAUAAAAGUGAUCAUUGUCAUCGAAGGAAUUUCAUCGUUCAAGUGAUUGUAUCCACUGAAUAUGGCGUUGAACAUUUCAAAAGUCGUUUUCAACCAUAAAAUUUCCAACAUCAGCGAACUGGAUGAAGAAUGGACACCAGAAUUCAUGCUUCAAGGUGUUCCGUGGUUCGUUGAAUUUUGCAAGCAAAUUAUCGAUGGCCAAAAGUGGUUUGGUUUUUAUUUGUUUUGUUCAAACAAAGAUGAAUUACAUGAUUGGUCGUACACAGCAACAAGUGCCUUUAAAUUUGUGCCAUCUGAUAGGAAGAUAAAACCAAAGGAGAUUUUCCCUUCGCCAUUCAUUUUCAAUCACGUUUGCGAUAGUUGGGGCUCAAAAAUCAAGUGGUGCGAUUUGUUUGACGCUAAAAAUGGUUUUAUGAAGGACGACACGAUCAAUUUGGAAAUUCAAGUUGAAGUUGCUGAUCCAAACGAUGAAGGCAAAAGUGUCUUGAAGUUCGACGAAUUGGAUAAGUGUUGCGGCGAAAGCGGUUUUGCGUCAUUCCGAUUGACUGUCUCCAAUAUUGAUGCUCUUGUCGCUGUCCGAUCGCCCAAAUUCAUUUUGCGAAACAUGCCUUGGAACAUUAUGAUUUGCAAGAAUCUGUCCAAUCAUCUCGGCAUUUUGUUGGACCAUCAAAUCUAUGAUACCAAUAUCUCAUGCGAGUUGAAAGCAUCUUUUGAACUGGUUUCGUCUCUGGGAAAGCCAAAAUGCAUUAAAAUGGAACGUAAGCAAACGAUGGAAUUGGAUGUAGAUUUGAUGGAAAUAGAACAAUUUGUACCAUGUGAUCAAUUACUUGACGAAGAGAAUGGAUUUGUUGUGAACAACGAGAUCAUUUUCGAGGUUGAAAUCAAGGCACAAAAACUGGUGGGUGAAAUGGCACGUGCCGAAAAACGAGCAGCAGCUGGUGGACUAUCCGACGAAGCAAAGCUUCUGAAAUUGGAAUGCUCGAUCUGCCUGCAAGUCAUUCGUGACCAAAAAGUGUCGUCUCUUCCCUGCAGCCACUUGUUUUGCACAAAGUGUAUCGAGAAUUGUCUCAAACGUCGCAAGAAGUGCCCAUUAUGCGGAGCUGCCUCUUAUCUGAAUUAUUUGCGUCGCAUUCGAUUGCCAAUCACAAACUAGCCAUGCCGAUCGAUCCAAGUACAUCUCAAACCGAAUCGAAGCUGAUGAAAAUUGAAGUAAAAUUCCAGCGACCUUAAGGCACCAUUCAAGAGACACAAACUACUGUUAUCUCAUUCAUUUGUUUGCCAAGAACAGUUUCCAUAAACAUCGUUUAAAUAAAUUGAUUGAAUCUGAUUUUUGAUUGAUUCCACUUGAAGUUGAACUCGACCUAGAAGUUGACGAAAGUUUGUUGGUUCAAUCCGGUUUAAUUUAGCCGGAAAACAGUUCCCAUUGUUCAAAAUCACAAUUAAAAAUAAGUUUAUUUGACUUUUUGCCUUUAAAUAGUUUUGACGCAGUAAGUACUUUCUGAACUCAUCGAUGGUCACUUUUAUUAGUGUUUUUGAAGGAAAUACAAGUAAUUAUUAGUCUUUUUGUGCUCUUCGCAAUAUCGAAUUUGUUCAUAGUUCAUUCAUUUCCAAUGAAUUUUAGAAUCUCAAAAACUUUUGCCAGUUGAAGAAUUUCAAAUUAUAGGAUGAAAUUUUAGCCCUAUUCUAUUGAGAAAUUCUAAGAACUGAGAAUAUAAAAAGUUUCUUCACUUUUGACCUUAAAGCGACCAAAUUGUCUUUGAACCGAUACAAAUGCUCAUAUCUAAACUAAUGUAAAGUUAAUUGUCAAACUAACUCAACUAACCAAUAAAAGCUAUCCAAUUAAAGACUGAGAGGUGAAUUCAAAGUUUUAACAUGCAAUCAAA